CUAUAGCAACUGGAGAGUACACACACAUCCUGAGCCUGGCAGCAUGGCAGCAGAGGGGGAACCAAGAGGUGAGCCCUGCAGGCACCAGGUUAGCUCCCUGGUGGCAUUUGGGCUUUUCCAGAGGCUGCUAAGCUACUCUUUGCUCAGGCUGGGAUAAAAAGAAGCCUUUGUGGAAGGAGGGAACAGGCAUGCAAAGGGCAGACCCUGCACAAGCAGACGUGCAGAAGCAGAUCUCAUUUGGAACAUGCCAAGAGCGGAAAAUGCUCCCUCUGCACGAUGCCCCAGACAGGCUGGGAAUCCAGCUGAAGUCCAUCAGGGGAGAGCCUUCGCUUGGGCCAGGCUGUUACCUCAGCCAAGAGAGAAGCAGCUUCAGGUACUCCUGGGAAAACAAACCACUGAGCAUCAAAGGCUACGUGAUAGGAGCGAGGACAGCCCAGCGUUCCCAAAUACAGCCACAGACUGUGACUCCCAGCCCAGCAAAGUACCAGCCAUUCUGGAAGAAAGAGAGGAAAUUCCAGCCUGCCUAUGCUCCAUUCUCCACUAAGGCACCAAGAUUUCCACAUAAGCCUUCAGAUAGAGAACUCUUCCCUGGACCUGGAACUUACGAAGCAGACAAGCAAUUACACAAAAGAAUCACUUGGCCGAUGAAGUUUGGGUCUCCAGACUGGUCUUUAGUGCCAAUGCCACCAAAGAGGAUGCUAAAAAUGGAGGUACAAAAGGUAAGGACAUGGAUAAGGGGAUGUUAUUCCUGGCUCAAUGCUUCUGACAGAGAAAAUUGUAUGGCUACAUCAUGUUUGCACUGUGUUUUGUCGUCAUUUCCUCACUGGGCUGCUGGGUACAUGGCUCUAUUAGCCUGGGGCACAAGAUAUAAAGUGAUUUUCUAUCAGAAAAUGCUGGUUUGCAAAAACAAUUACCAUCCUUCAAAAUCAACCCCUUCUGUUAAUAAAUUUGCUCUUAAAGUUUCCAUCCACAAAGAGAGAAACCCAGGGCACCAGAGCACAGAUUUCCCCACGUAACUCUGCUGAAAACAAAACCUUUGUGUUUUAAGACGUAGCUUAAGGUUCUGGACACCAUCUCACACCUUCCUGUGCUGUUCAGAAGCACUUGUCAUUGCCAAUAUCUAAUAGUUGUCUUUUAGAUAACCAUAGACAGAGAAUUCAGGAGACACCGGAACCGAGUGGCCUACCUGAGUUUAUACUUCAGCUGAGGAGCCAGAGCUGCUGCCGUGUCCCCCUGCAUCUAGAGGGGCACCUCAGGACUCACCUUUGCUUCCCAUCCGCUCCUGAAGACACUCAUCUGCACUACCCAGC